CUGCCCGCCCCGCGCCCUCCCUGGGCGGGUGAGCGCGGGGCCGCGGUGCGCUGUGGGAUAGUGGCGGUAUAAAGUGUACGCUCGGCGCGGCCGUAGCUGAGGGGGCCGGCGCGAGCGGGGCAUGAAGAUGGCGGACGCCAAGCAGAAGCGGAACGAGCAGCUGAAGCGCUGGAUCGGCUCCGAGACCGAUCUGGAGCCGCCUGUAGUCAAGCGCAAGAAGACCAAGGUGAAGUUUGACGACGGCGCCGUCUUCCUGGCCGCCUGCUCCAGCGGGGACACCGAGGAGGUGCUGCGACUGUUGGAGCGGGGCGCCGACAUCAACUACGCCAAUGUGGACGGGCUUACCGCGCUCCACCAGGCUUGUAUAGAUGAUAACGUAGAUAUGGUGAAAUUUCUGGUGGAAAAUGGAGCAAAUAUUAAUCAACCAGAUAAUGAAGGCUGGAUACCUCUACAUGCGGCUGCUUCCUGUGGAUAUCUUGAUAUAGCAGA